CACAUAAUGCGACUGCGUGAGUUGAGUUAUACGGUCGGUGCAUUUUGCCGACUUCAAGUUAGUCUACGAUUGGCACUUCGAAAAAGAAGUUGGAUUCAAAACCAAGUAAAUUCGAAUCAAAAAUUGUGCCAUUUUCUCUAAACACACACUCGCGCACACAUACACUUGCGUGUGUGCCAAUAUAAUGGAAUUGCAGUGAGAAAUCUGCACUUUGAUGGUCAAUACAUACAAUCUAUAUAUCUUUACCUGUGUAUCUGUGUUUCCGAAAAUAUGUAGCUACGAAAUUAUUCAUAUGUAUGUUUUAUGAUUGCAUAAACAAUUAGAAACGAAAUGUGUAUAUACGAGUAAGGUUUUGCCGAACUGUCUUUGCAAAAAAAAAAGAAAAAAAAAAAGGAUAAUGUUUCGAGUAUAAAGAUUAAUUGCCAAGUAUACGAUUUGUGGAGUCUCGAAUUUGGGAAUAAUGGAACCGAAAAGAUGGCACUUGCAUUUAUCAUGUUUUUUGCUACUCCUUAGUUCAACGUUUUCUGAUGUCGGAAAAAUCACGUCUUCUCAAAACCACUUUGGAAACAGUUUACAAAGUCAAUUUAAUACCAAAAACAAUACUCGUGUUAUUGCACAAAAAGGAGGUCUUGCCAUUUUACCCUGUGUGGUCAAAGUUAACUCCCCAGCAACGGUUUCUUGGAUACGCAGAAAAGAUUUUCAGCUCCUGACAGUAGGCCUUUCCACUCACAGUAGCGACAAACGAUUCUUGGUUGAACAUACACGUCACAUGGGCCAUUGGUCUCUUAGAAUAAAAGCUGUUCGAGAGGAAGAUAGAGGAUUUUACGAAUGUCAAUUAUCUAUUUAUCCAACCCAGUCAAUAGUUAUAGAAUUAAAGAUUGUCGAAGCGGUAGCGGAAAUUUCAAGUGCCCCGGAACUCCACAUUGAUGAGACUUCUACUCUACGUCUAGAAUGCAAACUGAAGCGAGCUACCGAAAAUCCUGCGUUUGUUUUUUGGUACCAUGACAGUAAAAUGAUAAAUUAUGACUCACAAGGCGGAUUUGUUGUAACGUCGAUCGGUCAAAGCAACGUGCAAACUGGUCAGAUUUAUAGGACUUCCUCAGCGAACAAGUCGCGCGUAACCAUGCCGAUGGAGUCAGGCAAUGGAGUCCUUAACAACCUACUUGGAACUCCAGAUAACUUCAAGACACCAAAUAUGCCAUCAUCCACACCUUUUGUGCAACAACACCAGUCCGCGUAUCUUCUCAAUCCGUCAGUUAGUGUCCUCACUGUGAAGCAAGUCAAUUUUCGCCAUGCUGGCAACUACACAUGUGCUCCAUCAAAUGCCCGUCCUGCCAGCAUUACAGUGCAUGUCUUAAGAGGUGAGAAAACGGCGGCAAUGCAGCACGCAAAUCGGAGUAUUCUGGAUACCGAGAACAAUGGCAACGGGACUUUUGGAUUGAUCACUUUGGGUGGACUGAAUGGAACCACUAGCAUAGCUCUAACCGAAGGGAUUCUAUAUUUCUCCGGCAUGUUCCUUCUUGUAGCCGCAGUAGUAUUAGAUCGAUUCUCAUUAGCAGUGAAUCAGAAGGUAUUCUUAGCAUUUAUAAUAGUUCUUUUGUAUAGCUGAAACUUAUAAUUGACUGCAUUUGGAAUGGAGCAACUUCAAUCAUUCAAAAAUAAAAAAAUUAUAUUUGUUUUAAAAUAGAAGAUUGUAAAUAGAUCAUUGACAUACCAUAUUGAAAAUGCGUGAGCAUUGUAAGACAUUUACGUACUCUAAGAUAAAAUUGUAAAUAGACUUCCAUUACAUGCAAUGUAUUGAAUUGAGAAAUAAGAGAAUUCAUGAACUUGUUACCACAAAACUUAUAAAAUGCAUACUUAUGUCAAGUCGUAAGAGAUUUAACACUGCAUAUUUUAAUGGUUAAAAGUGGUACAAUAAUAUGUAUGCUUAGAUGUUCAUAUUUAUUGACUGGUACUGACAUUUUAAUGUUACAAACAAUGGAAUUAGCGUAAAAUAAUGAUAAAGCCAUAAAGAUUUGUUACCUAAUAACUCGAAAAAUUUGAUCGUCACCUUUAAACUGUUAUUCUGCUCAGUGUUCGAUAUUUAGUAUAUAGAUUGAUUUAUGUAAGCACCUUUAGAAGUACGCUAAUUCAUAUAAUGUAUGUACAACUGUAAAUAAAUAUUACUUUCGUGAGCGUUUACAGAACGCUGUCUUGAAUCCAAAUGGGCAGACGCGCCAGUUUCGUUUUGUUUUCCUUGCAAUACGGAUAGCAAAACAAAAUUUAAAAUUUUGUUGCAGACAUAAAAAGUUUUAAAUAAACUGAUCAAUUUUAAGAAAU